AUGGUUCAUCAUGAGUUUGAAGAACCUGGAACCACUGUGAACUCCGAAUUUUAUGUGGAUGUCCUCGAAAGACUGAAACGCAGGGUUCAGCGCAUCCGGCCGGACAACACAGACAACUGGAAGUUGCACCACGAUAAUGUGCUGGCCCACAGUACCUUCAUCGUCAGCGACUACCUGGUUAAAGCAGGGGUGCCAACGAUCCCACAGCCCCUGUACAGCCUGGACUUGGCUCCCCCCCACCCCGACCUUUUUCUGUUUCCACGCCUUAAAACACCCCUGAAAGGCAAUCAUUCUGAGAUAGUGGACGUGAUCAAGGCAGCUAGCACCACAGCAUUAAAGGACAUUCCGGAGGAGGACUACCGCAACGCAUUCGAGAGCUGGAAGGCUCGCUGGAGCCGAUGUAUUGACGCAAAAGGAGAGUAUUUUAAAAAUUUCUAA